UACAUUAUUUGUAAUACAUUAAAAUUAUAUAAUUGUAAUACAUUAAAUAAUGGCUAAAAUAAAAGAUAAUACUGUUCAAGUAGUAUUUGUUUCUUUACUGUUGGAUCUUCUGGCAUUUACUAUGAUAUUACCAUUAUUACCAGCCUUAUUAGAUUAUUAUAAAGAAAUAGAAAAAAAUCAAGGUAUAUAUUUUAAAAUUUUAUAUUAUGUACAAAAUACAAGAAAAUUUUUUGAUGCUCCUGAUAAAAUCAAUACAGUGCUUUAUGGAGGUUUUCUUGGUUCUAUGUAUUCUUUUUUACAAUUUUUAAGUUCUCCAAUAGUAGGAGCAUUAUCAGAUAUAUAUGGAAGAAAACCAUUGAUGAUAUGUUGUUUAAUAGGAAUUGCUUUGUCUUAUCUGUUAUGGGCAUUUUCUUGUAAUUUUGCUAUAUUUGUAUUAGCAAGAUUUAUUGGAGGUAUUAGUAAAGGAAAUAUUAAUUUAUCAAUGGCUAUUAUUAGUGAUGUUACUUCUCCAAAAACAAGAGGAAAAGCAAUGGUUAAUAUUUUUUAUUUUCAGGCACUUAUUGGUAUAGCUUUUUCUAUAGGUUUUGUAGUAGGCCCAAUGAUUGGAGCAUUUUUUGCAUGGACUUUUAGUGAUAAUAGAAAAGAAGCAUGGUAUAUAAUACCUGCUCUAUUUGCUUUUUUUUUAGCAACAAGCGAUUUGUGUUUUAUUGUUUACUAUUUAAAGGAAUCUUUACCACAGAAGUAUAGAAGCAGUAAUCUUAUAUCUGGAGUAUCUGGAAUUAUUACUUACAUUAAUCCUAUAGAUUUAUUUCAAUUUAAUGGAGUAUCUGGUUUAAGUUUACAAGACAAAAAAAAUUUAAAAACACUGGGUUGUGCAUAUUUCAUAUAUUUGUUUAUAUAUAGUGGCUUGGAAUUUACUUUAACUUUCUUAACUCAUUAUUUAUUUAAAUUUACGAGCAUGCAACAAGGAUGGAUGUUUUUGGGAAUUGGAUUAAUUAUGGCAAUCUUACAAGGAAGUUGGAUACGAACAAUUCCAUCUAAUAAAACAAAAUCUAUUGCAGAAUUGGGUUUAUGGUUGAUUAUUCCAGCAUUUAUUUGUAUAGGUUUAGCAAAUGAUAUAUUAACAUUGUCAAUUGGAUUAUGUCUGUUUGCAAUUUCUACUGCUAUGGUUGUUACUUGUAUGAUGACUCUUGUAACACAUAUUGGUCCUGAUUAUCAAAAAGGUGCAAUAACAGGUGUUUUUCGUUCUCUUGGAGCAUUAGCACGAGCUUGUGGACCUAUUGUAGCUUCUUCAGCUUUUUGGUGCAUUGGUAGUAAAGCAACAUAUCUUAUAGGUGCUAUAUUUCUUGUAUUUCCACCUGUAAUUCUUCAGAUGAUGAAAUCAUUUUAAUAUAAAUAUUUGUUUAAGUAUUGCAUAUUUAUAUUUUUACAGUAUUUUUAUAUAUUUUAUAAAUUGUAUUAUAUAAAUAUUUUAUAAAAAAAAAAUUUUUUGUGCAAUUAUGUAUUAUAUAUGAAAAGUAUUAUAUAAUUAUAUAUUUUGAUAUUCAAAUUAUCUUUCAUUAUGCAUUCUAUCCUUCUCUAUUCAAUAGCUAUCUUUAAGUUAGUUAAUAAUAUAGUUGUAAGUGUAAUUAUUUGUGUAAUAAAUUAAAAAAAAUGUAACUAAAAUAAAUAAAUAUUCAUAAUAAAAAUUAUUCGAAUCAUAAUAUUUUUUUUACUUGUUACAUCCCUGGAAAAUUUAUGCUUUUGCGCAUGCGUGCUUUCUUGAUCACAUGACAUACACGCCAUUUACGGUAAGAAAUUCUCGGAAUUUCUUGUUCGCGGCACUCUGUCGUCGUCCGCGCUGAUGUGAGUAACACGAAAGGGGGAGAAUUAUUGACGCGAUUCGCGCGUGCGACCGGUCCCGCAAUCAUUACGUUUACAAUUAUUGCGCGGUAGACCGAGUUUGAUCAGUCCAAAGGUUAGAUUCUUAAUAGAUUGAUUCAAAUAAGAAAAAA